UUACAAACAGAACGCAGCGCUUUGAGAACAACAGGAUCUCUUGGACCGAACCGAACACAAAGGAAUGUUUGCGUUAUCGUAAUCAAAAAAACGUUUUGAUUCAAUUCACCAGCGACUCAGGACGGCGGCUGUUCUGUUUUUAUCUUCACUGUUAUCAUCAUCAAUACUUUUGGAGGUAGUGAAAUGACUCACGGUACCGAAGCAGAAAUGACCCCGGAGAUUUCGGCCGCGGCAAGUUUUGUGUGCAGGCUACUGCGCAGCCGCGGACACCUGAGUGACGCACAGCUCCAGGUGUUCAGAGACUGUCUUGCGCAUCGACUCUCAGAACACUACCAGCAUCACUGGUUCCCCGACAGACCACAGAAGGGUUCCGGUUACCGCUGUAUACGCAUCAAUCACGAAAUGGACCCACUUAUUGGCAGAGCAGCUGGACAUAUUGGACUGACUAGUGGGCAGCUGUUUUCUCUCCUGCCACGGGAGCUUACGCUCUGGGUUGACCCGUACGAAGUGUCGUACCGCAUCGGCGAGGACGGCUCCAUUUGCGUUCUGUACGAAGCGGAACCUCACGUCCCAAGCCCCGCCCCCAGUGUCAGAGGACCCUCAGCAUACGACCAAACAGCCACCUGCAAAUACCACUUCACGAUGGGCGGCCGUACAAGUCCACCGAAAAACUACCUGAUGACCGUGUCCAGCUAAACGUAUGGGACCGGUGUCCGCUGGUGCCACGUCUGAACGGCCAACUGCCACUUUAACAGUUUACGUUUCCUGUCCUUUUACAUUUCUAGACAUUCAGGUUCUAAAACAAGUAAUUUAAGAUGUAAAGCUAAAGCACUGGUUGAUGAUAUGGAUGAUAUUUGGACCACUGACUCUUACAGCACUAUACUAAAUGAAUAUUUUAUUUACCCUGAAAUGGGUUUUGGGGUAUUUUCACUGGUGCUAGCACAUUGUUUCAAUGCAAUAACGAUACCUCACGUCUCUCACAAGAUUGUAAAGCAAUUAAGGUCAGAAACAUACUCUAACCAAGUGUGCAAACGCUUCGGCAACACUUUGGGCCAAAUUCCUGAAGCGUGACUUUCUGCGUACAUUUGUCUGUAAAUUGUUGCAAUGUUCCUUGUGUGUCAUGAAUGAGGUCCAUAGUACUUAACAGUUGUUAUUGUUUGGUUAAAAACUCACAGUUUGCCGUUAUAUUCCAAUGUCUGCGACGCUUUCGCUACAGUAACACAAAAAGACAAACCACAGUUUGGCAUUACAUUAAAACUAUUAUUCAGACUGCUAGUUGGAAGCAUUUCAGUGGUUAUCUACCAAGUCUCUUCAAACUGUGGCUUCGCCAUGACAGUACUUGACAUUUUAUGCCAAUGUCUGCAGUAGCACCUCCUUGUGGCCACGCUGAGAAUGCAAUCAUAUUCUGACACACUUUGGUAUGCAACGGCACAUGAAAUAAAGUUUUAAAUUGUGCAUUUUUCGCCAGAAGUGUUUGUAUUAGCAUGCUUGCGUAAAGUGUGUUUUGGUGGUGUUUCAUACAAUUGUUGCAGGAGCUGCUACUGACUUCCACAAUUCCCUCUGCCUUAAUGACGGCGCCACCACUCCCUUAAUAAAUGUCACUGCCUGACUCUCUUAUUGUGCAAUAUUCAGGCAAUAUGCUCUUUAAAUUCCUUCUGUAAUGUCAUGAAAUGAGUCUGAAAUGAAUCUUUCUCAGGAUGCUUUGCAUGUGGUAUGUUGGUUGGUAUUGGGCCGCAGUGCCAGUAUAGACUCUCGUCUGUAGCGUUCUGUGUCUCUCGUGCUGCUGAGCAGCUUGUUUACCGUAAAAUGUAGUUUUUGUAAGCUAUCGAAGCGGAGUUUGCUUUUAAUGUACAUUUUGUUUUUUAAACACAUUUGUGCAGAUAUAGUGUACAGUCAAUUUUUAUAACAAUAAACAUUUUAUGAAGAAAACGUA